ACAAAACGAUUAACUGCCACCAACACACACAAGGGAAGUCAUACUUGCUUCUUGAGGCAGAGCAACAACCAUUCAGCAAACAACAAUUCACAACCAUGAAUGUUUCCAAUCCAAUGGAUGAAGACACAUUGGCCAUGUUUGACAACAAAUUAGCCAGUAAUCUUGUCUCAGCCAUCUAUGUCAUUGUGACUCUGGCCAACCUCUGCGGUAACGGUGUCUCUCUGUUUCUAUUAUUGAUGCGUACCUCUCCGAAGACUUCCUCCAUCAUCUUCAUGAUCAACCUCACUCUCACUGACCUGGUCCUGGGCACUGUGCUCCCCUUUCAGAUUGUGUACCAAAUUCAGGGCUACAACUGGACUUUGGGCACUGGGAUGUGCAACGUCCUGACAGUAGUAUUCUACGCCAACAUGUAUUGCUCUAUUUUGUCUAUGACUGCCAUUAGCGCUGACCGUUAUCUGGGCAUUGUGAAACCAAUGCGCUUCAGAGAAAUGAGGAGGAAGAAAACAUACGGAGUUGUCGUCUGUAUAUUUAUGUGGGUGUUGGUCCUCAUGAUUCUGAACCCGUUGGAAAGGACAGACUUGACAUUUCCUGUACAAGAGCGCAAUAUUACCACAUGCUUUGAUGUGUUAAGGAAGGACAUGCUCCCAACUACCGCUCACUGGGCAGCUUUCCUGUUCGGCAUGUUCAUCAUUCUCUUCCUCUGUCCGUUCAUUAUAACAGUGUAUUGCUAUAUUAACAUCAUCUGUGUGCUGGUGAGAAAAGCCAAUAGUCAACAGAAAGGCCGUGCUGUGCACCUGGCAUGCACUGUCCUGUUUGUGUUCAUUUUUUGUUUUGCUCCGAAUAACAUACUACUCUUGGCACACUCAAUUAAAAGACUGUACUAUGGAAAAUCUCUCUAUAUCUACUACAAGCUCUCCCUUUCUCUUAGCUGCAUUAACAGUUGCAUUGAUCCAUUUAUUUAUUAUUUUGCCUCCAAAGAGUUCCGUCGAAAGCUAAGGCAAAUGCUGCGGCUGAAGACUCUUAGCAUAGCAGAGACUCAGAUGAUUGAGGGUCAUAGAGAGAGCUUUUUCUCUGGUCGCACAACGUGCAAUGCACAUGAAGACUGUGACAAUUUUUAAAGGUAAGGUGUGUAAUUUUUUUAAAAUGUUGAAAUAGUUUCUCUUUUCCCAGGUUAUUAUGCAAAGCCUACUGUAAGUAAGGCAUUUGUAGGUUCAUUUCCCUGAAAAGUGUAAACACCAUGGCUCUAUCAAAACAUUGCUCUGUUUGCUUGAGCAUCCCAACUAGCCAGACAUAGCAGCAUUGGCUCAACCAAUGGCAUGAGUUUGGGGAGGGACCAUCUGUUUUUAUGACCAGUGGAAGAUGGGGGGAGUGUUCUGGAAACCUAUUUGGAAACAGAAAGCCAAGGAAAUUACAAACCUCACCUUUUACAUUUUUUGUUGUUUUUGUUCUACAUUUUAUUUUUGGCCUUUGCAACUUUUUUUAGAGGUGGAAAACAAGAUUAUUGGGAAUUAUCAUAAAGCCAGAUUUGAACCUACUUGAGCGCCACUCCUAAAUGUGUCAGUGCACAUGCGUUAACCACAAGCCCACAGUUUUGACAUCAUUUUUAACAUUUCUAAUCAGUGUUAUUUAGACUCAUAAGAAUGAUAACUUCCCAUUAUUUCUUUCUUGUUUUGUAGCAUCUUGCUUUUGUUCUGUUUUGAUUUCCUGGCUGAUCAGCUGAGGAAAAGUGUGCUGCUCACAUGCCUUUUCAAAACACAGCGUGUGAUGUUUGUGUCUCUUUUUUUAUCUGGUAUCAGAAAACCAUGUUCCUCUCUUACUAAAGCUUAUUUUAUACCCUGUUAUGUGAUUACACUUUAGAGACAAUUUCAGUAUUUAUUUCAUGGCUGGUCUGGGAACUGGCAAGGUCUGAUUGCUAAAAGUAUAAAGACUUAAUGUGGCAGCUAUAAUUAGUGUAUCCUUGAACUAUGAAUUAUUUUUAUAUUCUAAAAUGCGUGGUAUUGCCACAUUUAAAAGAUCGUUCCUUUGUCACAACUAUUUUGAUAUUUAUUUACUUAUUUUUUUAUUUAAUAUUUUUACUUAAACUGUUUAUAAAGCAUGCCUGCAUUAUUACGUUACCUGUUUUUUUUUUUUUUUACUUGUUUUUAUACUUGAGCGUAAUAAUACCAUUUUUCAAUGGUAAUAUAACAAUGUUUUCAAAGUCACAUAGAAUCAUUUAUUUUGUCUUAAUCUUCAUUUUGUUAAAUAAACUGUAUUUGCAUUUAUUUUGUGUGAGUGUGCAUAAAACUUCACAUUUGUACCUAAGAUUAAAGAUGGCACAAACGUUAGUCAUCUCGGGACCAAGUGCCUAGUGUCUAUUUAUAAUUGUAACUUGCUCUCUACAACAGAGAUGCCAUAGACAGGUCAAGAUUUAUUUAAGUUCCUUUCAAACCUAGAACUGUUGAACUAUUGAGCAAAAUACAGUACAUGUAAUGUACAAACUCCUGGAGAAGUUCACCCAGCUAGUGCAAUAAUAAUCCAGUGACAAGAAACAAGCUUAACACCAGCACUAUGAUUUCAUCAGUGCAAGUCUGAUGUGAAAUAAACAUUUGUUGUUUAUAAAGCAG